CCUCAUAGAGGGGCGGGGCUUGGUGAGCGUUGCCGGCGGGCCCGCGGUACCUCCCGCACUCUGACCUGCGGCUUGUAGGUCCGAGCUGGGGACGGCGGCGCGGGUGGGUCAUGCUUCGGCACUCUCCCUCGCUGUGGGAGCUGGUGGAGGAGCACAUUCCGCUCCGGGAGCGACCCGAAGUGAAGAGGAUUCUGGGGGAGGCGGCGGUGGACCUGAGCCUGGAGCUGCGGGCGGAGGUGGGGAGAGGGAAGGUGGGCCACGCCCCUGGGUGUGAUUUCCCACCUCCUGCGGGUCCCUGGCCCUGCCGGGGAACUCCCGAGAUCCUAUUGGGUCUCACUGUCCUGGCCCUCUCCCCUUUGACUCUGUCCUCUCCCCCAGCCCCCACCAUUCCGGUCACUCCCCUCCCCAGUCGCAAGGUAUCCCAGCUCUCCUUGCAGGUGGCGAUGUUACGGGCACUGCUCCAAGAGGCUCGAUCCUCUCAAGCCCCCAGCUCCCGCCCCAUCUCUGACCCCUCUUCUCUUCUGGCACCACCGCCUCUCCUAAAGGACCUCUUGCGCCAGGAACUCCGGCAGUUGCUCCAGGGUCUCCACCACAAAGCCAUCUGUGAGGGCAGGGACCAGGCCCAAGCUUGGGUCCAGUAUAGCCCCAGGGUCCUGCACUUUGCCUUGGAGGAGCCCAGGUGUGAUUUGCCAGAACAGGAGAUAUUCCAGAUGAGAGGUGGUAGGCCCAGUGGUCACAGAGAUCUCAGCAUCAUCAAGGACCAACUGAACGUGUCCAACAUUGACCAGGUGGCCAGACAUCUGAGGGGCCUUCUGGAGGAGGAGUGUCACACCUUGGAGAGGGAGAUCCCCAUCCUGCAGCGCUGCCUGGAAGAGGAGUAUAUGAGGCCUUGCCACCCCUCGGAGGCAGCCCUGGAGCCCACCCUGGCAGAGCUAAAGGAACAGAAGAAGGCCAUGGAGCAGGAGCUGCAGGCAUCUGUGGGGCCUUCUUGUGUCUCUCCCAACCACAGUGGCCCUUGGGGUCCUCCACGCAGGGCCUCAGACCCCUGCUUCCUCUCUGUGGGGUUGCACCUCUCCAGUGCUGCCUGCCUGCACCUCCUCUGGAGCCUUGCCUUCGACCUCGAGGCCAGGCCGCUACCCGCCGCUGGGGACGGCAGCUUCAGUACAGCCCCAGGGAAGGGUCAGCUUCCACGCCCAUGUCCAGUGCAGCAUCCCAGGCCCCAGCCUGAAGGGCUGGUCACCGAGUAGGCUCUGGCUUCUGCCAGGAUGCACCCGUCUGCCACUGCUGCCUGAGCUGCUUUGGCCCAGCCAGCUUCAGAUCGGUCUUGGAUGAGCUCUCGCCAGGACCCCAAGGCUGUUGGUCUGUCUGGCCUUUGCCCCACCCCCUUGCCAGAUCCCUGGUGUCUGGAGCUGAGUGGCCGGGCAUCGGUCCCAAUCAUCAAAGCCUUUGGCCUUUCUCUUCCCAGGCCUUCACAAAGGCCUGGCAGACAGAGGUCCCAUUCCAGCCUGACUCUUGUCCCCUGGGGGACCCAGACAAAGCACAGCAGCCGCUCAGAGACAGGAAUAGAAAUUUCAUUAAAAUCUAUGGACUUUAAAA